GCCUCAUGUAGGAAGUUAGAAGGCGUUUGGAAGCCGCUCGGUCACCAACAUCCGGUGUUUCGGAGUAGAUUACCCAGCAUUCCGCGCUCUACUUCCUUCUCUUCUACCGUCUGUCUUUACUGAAGGCAGACCGACCGCUAUCAUGGCCGCGCUCAGGCCCCUUACCAAGCCUAAAAUAGUCAAGAAAAGAACUAAGAAGUUUAUCAGGCAUCAGUCAGAUCGCUAUGUAAAGAUCAAGAGCAACUGGAGGAAGCCACGAGGUAUUGAUAACCGGGUUCGCAGGCGGUUCAAAGGCCAGAUGCUGAUGCCAAACAUCGGUUAUGGUAGCAACAAGAAGACCAAGCACAUGCUGCCAAAUGGUUUCCGGAAAUUCCUUGUGCACAAUGUCAAAGAGCUUGAAGUCCUCCUGAUGAGCAACAAGAGCUACUGUGCAGAAAUUGCCCACAACGUCUCCUCAAAAAACAGGAAGCUGAUUGUGGAGCGAGCAGCUCAGCUAGCCAUCAAGGUCACAAACCCGAAUGCAAGACUUCGCAGCGAGGAGAACGAAUAAUCUGGCAAUAUGGUCUUUUCAAUAAAGUUAAUCAUAAAACCA